CAGCCAUGAGUAAGCGAAUGGCACCUAGAGUACUAUUCGUUCUGCACCUCUUGUUAGAGAGCUGUGCUGCAGAAAGAUUUUGCAGUAUGAUGGGAGAUUUUAAUUUGCCAGUCUUGAAGGCAGAUGGGGAGAUCCUGAUUGGGGGGCUAUUUCCUCUUCACUACAUGACCUCAAAGCCAGACCAUAACUACACCUCCAGACCGCAGCACAGCCAGUGCACUGGGUAUGAUCUUCGAGCUUUCCGUUGGGUCCAGACUAUGAUAUUUGCCAUCAAAGAGAUAAAUGAAAACGUCAGCCUCUUGCCAGGGGUUACACUGGGCUACAGAAUCAUGGACAGCUGUGAUCAAGUCCACACUGGCUUGACAGGGGGGUUGUCACUGGCUAGUGGAUCUCUGGCUUACCAUCAAAAUCAGACAGAAGGCUCCCAGUGCGUGGCUGAUGCCCCAGUCUCUGCUGUAAUUGGUUUAGCAUCUUCCACACCCACCCGUGCUCUGGCACACACUUUGGGACCUUUUGGAAUACCAGUGGUUAGCUAUUUUGCCACCUGCGCAUGUCUUACAAACAAGCAAGUAUAUCCUUCCUUCCUGCGCACAGUGCCUAGUGAUACGUUUCAAGUGCAGGGACUGGUUCAGCUCGUUGCCCACUUUGGCUGGCGUUGGGUUGGCACAGUAGGCACAGAGGAUGACUACAGUCGCUAUGGGAUCCAGGCAUUUUCUGAGCAGCUACAGGAGUGGGGUGGUUGCCUAGCCUUCCACCAAACCAUUCCUAAAGCGCCAUCAAUGGCCAGGAUCAAUGUCAUUGCUGACAUUCUAGAAACAACCACUGCCCGUGUGGUCAUCGCCUUUGCCACAGAAGGACAGCUGCUUGAACUUCUGACUGAAGUUGCUCGACGCAACCUGACCAGGUUGCAGUGGGUGGCCAGUGAGGCGUGGGUGACUGCCAGUCUGCUGACUGCACCUGAGUUUCAGCCUGUGCUGGUGGGCACUCUGGGCUUUUCCUUUCGAGGCACAGUGAUCCCAGGGCUGUCGGACUUUCUCCUGAAGGUGCGUCCAUCACCACGACCAGAGUCAGCAUUGAUUAAUAUGUUCUGGGAGGAGCUGUUUGGGUGCAGGCUAGUGUUUGGGUCUCACAGUUUCUCCAGCACUCCACAGUGUAGUGGAAAUGAAGAUCUGACCUCACACAAAACCAGUUACAGUGAUGUGUCACAAGUCAGAAUCUCUUACAACGUAUACAAAGCUGUGUAUGCCAUUGCCCAUGCUUUGCACAAGCUGCUGCAGUGUGGUUCUCUGUGGGAAAACACCACACACGUGGGCUGUAACAGAACCACCGCAUUUACACCAAGGCAGCUCCUUUACCACUUAAAGAGGGUGAACUUCACCAAUCAGUUUGGGGAGAAAGUGUCCUUUGACUCUAAUGGUGAGCCUGUGCCCCUCUAUGAUAUCAUCAACUGGCAGAGAGACCACCAGGGUGGCAUCAGGUUCCAGAAGGUGGGAAGCUAUGAUGGAUCAGCUCCUCAUGGCCAGCAGUUACAGAUGGAAGAAAAGUCCAUUGAGUGGACAGAGGGACAGUCUCAGGCUCCUGUCUCUGUCUGUAGUGCAGCCUGCCCUCCUGGAAGUCGAAAGGCCUCACGUCCAAGAGAGGCUGUUUGCUGCUUUGACUGCCUGCCCUGUGCUGAGGGACAGAUCAGCAACACAACAGGAGCUACGGAGUGCAUCAGGUGUCCUCUUUACUACUGGUCUGACAGAGACAGAGUGGCCUGUGUGGCUGGUGUGGAGGAGUUUCUUUCUUUCCAAGAGAGUCUGGGUAUCAUCCUUGUCGUCUUGUCUCUGCUGGGAGUUUCUGCGGCCACAGUCAUUACCGUGAUCUUCCUCUGGUACAAGACCACACCCAUUGUCAAAGCCAAUAACUCAGAGAUCAGCUUUUUGCUGCUCCUGUCACUCAAACUCUGCUUCCUCUGCUCCCUGGUGUUCAUGGGCCGGCCCUCGCCGUGGUCUUGCCGGGCCCGACAGGCGGCAUUCGGGAUCAGCUUCGUGCUCUCUAUGUCCUGCAUCCUAGUCAAGACCAUUGUGGUGCUGCUGGCCUUCCGCUCCUCCAUACCUGGUCUCCAUGCGGUACAACUGUUUGGGCCUCCUCAGCAAAGGGCCUUCAUCUUCUGCUGCUCUGCUGUGCAGGUGAUCCUGUGCGCUGGAUGGCUGGCUGUGGCGCCCCCUGUGCCCUUCAAGAACACAUCCUUCCAGGCUGGGAGGAUUUUGCUGGAGUGUAAAGGUGCAUGGCCGCCGGGUUUCUACCUGGUGCUCGGGUACAUUGGCCUGUUGUCUUGUGUUUGCUUUAUACUUGCAUUCAUGGGGCGUAAACUUCCAGACACUUUCAACGAAGCUAAGUUGAUCACCUUCAGCAUGCUCAUCUUCUUUGCUGUGUGGAUUUCCUUCAUACCUGCACACAACAGCUCCCCAGGGAAAUACACUGUGGCUGUGGAAAUUUUUGCCAUCCUGGCUUCCAGCUUUGGACUACUACUUUGCAUCUUUGCUCCGAAAUGUUAUAUUAUACUUUUUAAACCUGAACAAAACAUCAAGAAAGGAAUGAGGAAAUAAUCACAAAAAUGUUUACCUGAUUUUGUGUAUAUCUUUCAUGUGUGUAUUUUUCUGGUCAUGUGA